CGUGUAUGGCCAACCUUCUCAUUUUCAUUAACACCUUCUUCUUCUUCUAUUACAAUAGGAGGCAUAGCAAAAGAUGAAGUUGAGAAGGAGUCCGGCACAGCAUAGGGCAACAAGCAGAGAGCAAGUCCGGCACAGUGCAGCAAGCAGAGAGCAAGUCCGGUGUAGUGCAGCAAGCAGAGAGGGGUCCGGCACAGUGCAGCAACUAGAGAGCAAGUCCGGCACAGUGCAACAAGCAGAGAAGGAGUCCGGCACAGGUAGUAAGUCCGGCACAAUACAGCAAGCAGAGAGCAAGUUCGGCACAGUGCAACAAGCAGAGAGUAAGUUCGGCAUAGUGCAGCAAGCAGAGAGGGAGUCCUGCACAAGCAGCAAGUCCGGCACAGUGCAGCAAGCAGAGAGCAAGUCCGGCACAGUGCAACAAGCAGCAGAGAGCAAGUCCGGCACAAGCAGCAAGCAGAGAGGGAGUUCGGCACAGGCAGCAAGCGUAGAGACAGAGUUCAGCAGUCAGCAGGAUGAACUCCAGCAGAUCUGCAGGCUACAGCUAACAGCUUUGACAACAGCUCCAUGAGCAGAUCUGUAACAGCUCCAGCAGCAUAUUUGUAGCAGCUUCAACAGCAGAUUUGCAGUAGAUCUGUAGCAGCAAGAAGGGGAGAGGAAGGUUGAAGGUGAGGUGAGACUUGAGAGCUUGAUUGUCCGGCUGAAACCAAGAGUGAGUAAGGGGCUGUGGCUGCGUGCGUGAGUGAGGAGAAAGGGAGGGGAAAUGAAUAAAGUUAUGAAAUUAGG